AAAUCGAAAGCAGACGGUGCAGUGCAAUUCCAGUAAAGGGGUCUGUUUGGUUGGUUGGUUUAGUGAGUUGCAAUGUCAAUUAUGAACGUGCUCACCAUCUAGUUUAGGAGGACAGGUGGCAGUCCCUUGUUUCACAAUUUGGAAAGGACAAUUUUAGACCUUUGCAUUACAUUAACGUACGAAUUCCAAAAACACAUUCGAGUCUCUUCUUCUGUUUCCACAGAGUUGGGACUUCCGAUCUUCCGAAAACCUCUUUACCUAAUAUCACUGCAUUGCCAUUCUACGUCAUUCUUUUACUCCAUUCAAUUCAAUUCAAUUCCAUUGCAUCAUCACAAGUGAGGUGCUUGUGAAGAUCAUAGAUAGAUACAGCAUGGGUUCUGAAAAUGUGCUAGAAAAUGCACAUGAUAAACAACCUCUAUUUUCAUUUGGAUUAAUAUCUGAUGUGCAGUAUAGUGAUAUUCCUGAUGGACGUUCAUUCCUUGGUGUUCCUCGUUACUAUAGGCAUAGCAUUCUUGUGUUACAAAGAGCAGUUCAAAAUUGGAAUAAUCAUCAAAAACAUAAGUUUGUGAUCAAUUUUGGUGAUAUUGUUGAUGGGUUUUGUCAGAAAGACAAGUCUUUUAACACAGUAAAGAAAGUUGUGGAUGAAUUUGAAAAAUUCAAUGGAAAAGUAUAUCAUUUAAUUGGCAAUCAUUGUUUAUACAAUCUUCCUCGCAGCAAGUUACUUCCUUUGUUGAAGAUUCAUAGUCUUGAAGGCCAUGCUUACUAUGAUUUUUCGCCCGUGCCCAAAUAUAGAUUCGUAGUUCUUGAUGGUUAUGAUAUAAGUGCAAUUGGUUGGCCUCAAGAUCAUCCAAGAACAUUGGAAGCUAUGAAGUUUCUUAAGGAGAAGAAUCCAAAUGAAGAUAAGAAUAGUCCAUUUGGUUUAAUUGGACUUGAAAGAAGGUUUCUUAUGUUCAAUGGAGGUGUUGGGAAGGAACAAAUGGAAUGGUUGAAUAAUGUUCUUAAGGAAGCAACAAAAUUGAAACAGAAUGUAGUGGUUUCUUGUCAUUUGUCUCUAUAUCCUGGUGCAUCAUCCAAGGAAGCAUUGUUGUGGAAUUAUGAUGAAGUGAUGAAUUUGAUACAUAAAUAUAAUUGUGUGAAGGUUUGUUUUUCUGGACAUGAUCACAAAGGUGGAUACUCCAUUGAUUCACAUGGUAUACACCAUAGAGUUCUUGAAGCUGCUUUGGAGUGUCCUCCUGGAACAGAUGCAUUUGGAUAUGUUGAGGCUUAUGAUGACAGAAUAUCACUUUAUGGUACGGACAGAAUGAAGAGUACAGACAUGUAUUUUGAUCCUAAAGUAAAGGGUAUUUGUAAUCAUUAGAUGUGUUAUUUUUUUUUUUGUCAGACACCUAUUGGUUUAUUGAUACUAUGAGAAUAUUUUGUGAUCUUCAUUCAAGUCCUACCCAAUGGAAUUUUUUUAUGUAGUGGAAGUUGGAAUUUCAUAAAUAUGCAACAAGCAUUUACUUUGUGAGUGGAUUCUCAUAUA